UCAAACUUCCCGUGACUCACGUGUUAACGCGAUCUUCCACGACGACCUUAUAUCUCUCUAAUAUCCGGCUUCGCUCAACUACCUUAUUGCGGAUUACCGGCGUCAUGGUGACUAAACGGGUGGCCCGCUAUGGCGACUGGGAAAGCCCAAUCACUAUUGAUACCGUGACCUCCAAAAGCUGGACUAUAACAUCACCUCGAGUCCAUCGUCAAUCAGGACGGGCGUUCUUCAUCGAGUCGAAGGAUGAUGGGCGUAAGGUCUUCGUUGAGGUCACCAAGAAUGGUGGCCUCAAAGAUCUCCUACCAGCACCUUACAGCGCAGGCAACACAGUCUAUGAAUACGGUGGCUCUACUUACGACGUCGCCGCGGAUGGCCGCAUCGUCUUCUCCAAUCGCGACAAUACCGUCAAGUCCCUCGAUGUAGACACUGGCAAAGUUUCAGACCUGACCGGCGACUCGAAGCUGCGAUACUCCAACUUCAGCGCUAACCCCACGAGCCCCUGGGUUCUGGCUAACCAAGAAGAUCACACCAUCAACACUCCCCACGAGAUCCGGAACUAUGUUGUCGCUAUCAAUGCAGAUACCGGCGAGGUCAAGCGCGUCGUAGAGGGUACCGACUUCUACUACACCCCUCAGUUCAGCGCUGACGGGAAGAGGCUGACUUGGAUGGAGUGGGACCAGCCCAAUCUCCCAUUCGCAUCGGCCAAGAUCUUCGUUGCCGAUUGGACGUCGGAGGCAACUGUCAAGAAUGCAGUCUUGGUUGCUGGCAAUAAUCGAGAAGGAGCAGCCGAGCCUCGAUGGGGCCCGGACGGAAGCUUGUUUCUGGGCAUUGAGGUUGAUGGUUUCCGGAGACUGUUUCGUCUAGCUCCUGGUGCUGAAAAGCCCACUCAGAUCAAGUUGAGCGGACUGGAUAAUGCCGAGAUCGGAGAAGUUCGAUGGUUCCAAGGCAGUCAAACGUACGCCCCAUUAUCGGAACGCUACGUAGCUGCGGCAGCCAUUACAUUCGGCGAGGCUCAGCUGAUUCUCAUCGACCUUGAGAAGAACGACUGGAAACCCAUCGGAUCAUCUAGCAUUUGCGGCAUUGUCAACGACGCCAUGGCUCGUCUGGAUGACAGGUCUUUACUUCUUGUUGCGGACGAGUCCGAUUCUCCAUCUGCUUUAUACAAGGUCGAUGUCAUCAGCGGAAAAACUACGACUAUGCGAGGAACUACAGAUGAAAAGCUGGACACAGCGCUCUUCUCAAAGCCGGAGCUUGUGAAAUUCGAGUCAAAGGAAAGUCCAUCUCGCACAAUCUACAGCACCUUGUGGAUGCCAAAGAACCCCAAAUUCCUCGGUCCGGAUAGCGACAAACCCCCUCUGGUCAUAUCCUCGCAUGGUGGACCAACAGGCUACACCGGCUCAGGUCUCAAGCUGCGAACCCAGUACUUCACUGCUCGUGGCUACGCCUACCUAGCGCUGAACUACACGGGCUCCACGGGACAUGGCAGGGAGUAUCGCGAGGCACUUUUUGGAAACUGGGGCAUUGUUGACGCCGAUGACGCUGCUGAAGUCGCCAAACACUUGGUGGAAGCAGGCAGAGUCGGCAAGGUGGGUAUCGUCGGUGCAAGCGCCGGAGGCUACAACGUUCUCCAGGCCCUCGUCCGCCAUCGUACAACCUUUGAUGCCGGAUUCUGCGUCUGUGGUGUGAGUGACGUCAAGAAGCUGGAAGAGUCCACACAUAAGCUGGAGUCCGAGUACAUGGGAGCGCUUGUUCUGGACCCGGGUAUGACGGACGAGCAAAAGGAGGAGAGAUGCCGUGAGCGAAGCCCUCUAUACCACGCCGACAAGAUUGGGGCCCCGCUAUUCCUCCUUCACGGAGUUGCGGAUACCGUGGUCCCUAUUGAGCAGGCCCGGCUUAUUUAUAAAGCUGUCAAAGGUAAGGGAGGGGAUGUGAGAAUCAGGGAGGUUGAGGGCGAGGGUCACAUGUUUGGUAUGCCUGGAAGCCCUCGUCUUUGGCUUGAGGAGGAGGAAGGUUGGUGGAGAUCGUACUUGAUCUAAUAUUGGAAGAAGCCACUCUUCCCAAGCUUCGGUGUCACAUUUCUUCUCCUCGAGGUGCGGAUGAAAAUUGCAAAAGUCUAUGGAUUAUUUCGCUUUCUCACAGUCAAAACGCUUUCUCAUACAUGAAAUCAGCAUGAAACCCAAG